GGCCGGCCGCAGCGGAUCAAGAUCCAACGAAACUGAGGAACCAAAACCUUGGGAUGGUGGCUGAUACGGACAGCUCAGGUUCCCUGCCUGGCAGCUCAAAUUCUGCUGCCGAAAAGCGUGUUGAUGGGUCUCCUAACCAAAGAUCCCAGGAAAAAACUCCAAAGAAAAAUCAUAAAGCUGAACGAGAGAAACUUAAGCGUGACCAGUUGAAUGACCUUUUUGUUGAGCUCAGCAGUAUGCUAGAUCAUGAUCGACAAAAUAGUGGAAAAGCUACAGUUUUGGGUGAUGCUGCACGGGUACUGCGAGAUUUGUUUACUCAAGUAGAAUCUCUUAGAAAGGAACAGUCUGCUCUUCUAACUGAGCGCCAAUAUGUCGGUUCAGAGAAGAACGAGCUGCAAGACGAGAAUGCUACACUGAAAGCCCAAAUAAUAGAACUACAGAAUGAGCUUUGUGCAAGGAUGAGAAACAACAGCCUCAAUCCAAGCAGCCUUGGGAUGUCACAUCCAAUUGGGAGCAGCAGCGCUCAUUUAGCAACUCAACCGACGCGAAAUCAUAUAUGGGGCAAUGAUUCUAGUUUAAGCACCCUGCCCUUGGCACACCCAAUGAACACACCAUCUCCACUGCAGAAUCAGAGACAUCAGUCUGUUGGUUCUGGUCAGGUAGCAUCACGGCCUCGGGAGCUCCAGCUCUUCCCAGGGACAUCAGCAUCACCAGAUCGAGAAUCUUCCCGACAUAGAAGCAACCCAGCUACUUCCUUGGGACAUGCUGUUUCCUUGCCUGGACAGCUUCGCCUCAGCCUUCCAAGAGCAUCACAAGAAGAAAGCAGAAGCAGUGGUUCGCCGAGAAAUAGAAAAUAGUGAAAAAGCGGUUAGCCAACUGACAGUGUUAAAGAUCAGUACUUGGGGAACAGCUCCCCUGUAAAUACCAAGAAGCCACUCACCUUAAUAGUUCAAACCUACUAGUUUAGUUUCAACG